AUGAAAUACGAGGAACAAUUUAACCGCUUUUGUCUAGAAUCCAAGCACGGAUACCAAAGUCUGCAGUACGACACUUUAAAAAGUUUCAUACAGCGAUCCAGUGGAAAUGACAGCGAAGGAGAAUUUGUCCAAAUUCUCAUUGACGAGUUAGGAAGAACCAAACAAUUCAUCUCCGUCAAAAUCAAGGAACUUCGAAUAACACUGCAGAGAUUACAGAACCAAGAAGAUGAUUUACAGCAAAAAUGUCAAAGCUCGAAGAGUAAACGCGAAAACGGAUUCUCGCCGAUUCAAAGAUUAACUGAGCUCACUGACAAUUUUGUUGAAGAGCUUAAAGAAUUGGCCAAAUUCACUUUGCUGAAUGGUGAGGGGUUCCGUAUGAUAGUCGAACAACACGACAAGCUAACCGGGGUCGUCAGCAACUGGUAUUUUGCCCAGAACCACGAGCAGUUUUUUGGGAGGGCCUUCAACGAACUAGAGGCCUUUCUGUUUCACGUAAGCGCUGUUUACGGUACCAUUAGAAGUGUCCAAGCAGAGUGCGAGGGAUCCAAGGGCUCAGACUCGGAAGAAAAUGGCGAAAGUGAUGUGUUUGAAAGGAAAAGCGUGAAGUAUUGGGUGAAGGCGGAAGAUACGUUUGCUGUCAAGGCAGCUUUGAUAAAACACUUGCCAGUUUAUGUGUUCAAGGACAAAAAAAGGACCAAAUUUCCGGCAAAACAGAAAAUAUCUCCAGACGAAAACCUGUUAGAGAGUACUCCACCAUCUACAACAUGGGUCUCUUCGGUGUAUUUAGACAACCCUAGUUUGGCCUGCUACCACAGGCGGGUAAAGCUUGAGGAAGGAGCAUUUUUAAUUCGAUUACGAUGGUACAAUCUACCGCAUGGCAAAAACAGUCCAAGAAUAGACGGCCCGCCCGGUGCAGAGGUGUUUGUGGAGAGGAAGACCCAUCAUGAAAGCUGGGUGUGGGAGAGCAGCAUUAAAGAACGUUUUCUAUUGGCUGAGGAUGACGUCAAAGGAUAUAUGCUUGGAGAGUCAAAGUCUAUUCCACGGGAAGCAAAGAAAGCACUGGCUAGUGACAUACAGGGGCAAAUAACCAAAGAAAACCUGCAGCCCCUAGUGAGGACGGUGUAUAAGAGGACGGCAUUUCAGCUACCAGACAAUAAUGACGUACGGAUUACUAUCGAUGUUGACUUAACCAUGAUAGACGAGGGGGAUCGUCUUAGAUGCGAGUCUGAGUGGAAGCGCAAUGAAGAAGGUAUAAUCAAGAACCAAGAUUAUCGGUUGUUUCCGUACACAAUCCUCGAAGUGAAGCUCAGGAUUCCUCCGCCUGAGUGGCUUGAUGCCCUAGUGGAAUCUCCAUUCAUCCGCCCUGUGCCAAAGUUUUCCAAGUUUCAACACUCGGCUGCUAGCUUUUUUCCUCUCAAAGUCAAGGAAUUUCCAUAUUGGUACAAUGAUGAUGUAAUUCAGAAGAAUAACCGUGUUUAUAACAAGGUUAUUUCAGACCGUGGCAAAAAUGAUUACCUCUUCCAGGAUGAGGAUUCUGCCUAUGUCACAGCUGGCGAUCAUUCCUCCGGCACUUUGAAUUACGCCGGAUCCAGUCGUGAGAGCAUCACCAUGACAAUUGAAAGUGGGAAAAUUCCCGACAUCCAGGAGGAACAGAAAAGUCUGAGAUACAGAAACUUCAUUCUGCCCAAGUUCUCGAAGACUCAUCACAAGACAAAUCCAGAUAACCAGAAAGAGCAACCAAAAGCCAUGAAACGUCUGAAAGUAGAACCAAAAACAUAUUUUGCAAAUGAAAGAACCUUCAUUCAAUGGCUAACGUCUUCGCUAUUAUUGGUAACUCUCAGUGGUGCCUUGGUGUCCCUUGGGGACAGAGACGCUCGAGUGGUAGGUCUGCUGUUCAUGCCCCUGGCCAUACUGAUACUGAUAUACGCCGCCGUAAUGUUCUAUCUGAGACUGUACAGGAUCAGACAUCACUCCAAGUCGGGCUACCAUGACGUCAUUGGACCUGCCGUUCUGACCGUGUUUCUGUGUGUGGCCAUGUUGUCCACCUUCUCUCUGCACUUUAGAAAAUAUUCCUCUUUGUUCAAAGAAGAAGAUAUUCCUGAAAUACCACUGCCAAAAUCAAAUUUGCAUUUUGGUCUUCACGAGUCUCACCGUUGUCACAGACUGAACAUAAGCCUGCCCCCGUUUUUUGAGCCGAGUGAUGCGUUGCUGGAUCACUCUGGUCUGUACCUGUGGACAUGUUCUGGGAAUGUUUUGGCCAAAAUCCACCUCCAGAGUGAAAAAGUUGAGGAAUACAUACAGAUCAGCGAAAAAGAAAGAUAUGAUAUUGAAGGGUUGACCUUCGGUAGUUCAGCGGCACCGGAUGUGAUCUACAUCGCCACGGAGUACCCAACCAACCAGGCACUGCUCUACAACCUGCAGGAUCAAACGGUUGUCGAUGCCAUAGAGCUGAAUCAGUUUCUAGGCGAGAAACCAGUCUUCGAAGGCAUAACCUACAGCGAAAUGUCCUGGUACGGCAAUCCCCAAAAAGACAAUACCUCUGGCACAUUCUUCGGCUCGUCGACUGACUUUAUCCAGGUCUUCUUUCUGAAGUCGGAGACAUCAUCUGGGAAACCAGUGCCAGUGCCUUUGCAGGCUAUAGAAGUAGAAACCAAGAUUGGGUCGCUGACAGUUUUCAAUAACUCCUUGUUUGCUCUAUUGGACAACCUUCGUGUCCUGCGCUCGUGGGACUUGGCAACCUCUGAGAUGCGAGAAUACAAACUACCCACGGCCAGCAAGCAGUGGGAAGGAAUAGCAUUCGAUAACACUGUCCUGAACUCUUCAUCUCCUCCUGGGGAAGUAAUAACUUAUCUUGUAAUGGAUUCACCGCCACAAAUCUGGCAGCUUUUAUUUUCAAGAGAGAAAGGAUUCUUGGAAUGUUAAUUUCCUUGUUUUGGUAAAAUCUAAAAAAAAAAUCAGAAGGGCAUUGCAUCUUAAGUUGAAAAACAUUUCGGUAAAAAAGGUUUGGAUUGGUAGUUAGAGUUUACGUACCAAAGGUUCUCUCAUUUCAGCAUCAGCUGAAUUGAAAGUAUGCAGAGCACUUCAUCUUAUAAAUCCUUGCAUUUUUAUUUGCAUUGCAACAGAUGAAUAUCGGUA